AUGAGAAUAAUAGUAUUCUUUGUUAUGAUUUGUGUACUUACUGAAGCACAAUGUAAUAUGAGAAUGGGCUGUAUGAGAAAUUACAGAAAACGCACAUGUAAAAAUGAAACAAAAAAAUUAGAACGAAUAGUUAAGAGGCUUGCAUUUAAGAAUAGAAUUAAUCGUAAUAGAAUUGCUACUAUUGAAUCAACAUUUGUUUUACCAGAAUUACCAAUUGAUAAAGCUAACGUUAACACAAAUAAAACAAGUGUUUCUAUAAAAAAAGAAUUAACAAAAGAAGAAAAAGCAAAAAUUGAAUUAAUAAAGAAAGACCAAACACCAAGUGAAGAUAAUAUUUAUGUUAAAGCAAUGAACAGUUAUCUUGCUACAUUAAAACCUAUUGUUAAAGAAAAAAAAAUUAUCAAACGGUAUAUUGUUCAUACACCAUGCACUGGGGAUUUAUGUAAAUUCUUAAAUAAGAAAUUAAAAGUUCCUAAAUGCAAAGAUAAAUUUAAGCCAAGUCAGUGUAUGAAGUUAGGUCAUAGUUAUAAGGCAAAAGUUCAAACUGUGGCAAAACAAAAGUGUCUUCUUUAA